AUGGCCGCUGCGCCGCCGGUGCUCACCCUAACGGUGGAGAAGGGCCCGCGGGAAGGGGAAACCCGGCAGUGCCGCGCGGGCGCCGCGCUUCGCGUCGGCCUCGUCGUCUCCGGCAACGACCUUGCCGUGCGCGACGCGGGCACAUCGCAGCGCCACCUCGCCAUCGAGUUCCUCCCGCCGCCGCCCGCGGCCCGGUGGGCCGUGUCCGACCUCGGCUCCUCCAACGGCACCCUCCUCAACGGCGCGCCCCUCGUGCCCUCCGUCCCGGCUCCGCUCUCCCACGGGGACCUAAUCAGCCUCGGCGAGUCCACCGUGCUCGCCGUGUCCAUCGCGUCAGAUUCGGACAUGAACCCGGCCGGCCCUAGGCGCUCCUCGCGCCUCGCGGCGGCAGGGGUGGCCGCGGAGGAGAGGCCGAUCCCUGCGGUGACCCGCCGGAGCAAACAGAAGAAUGCGGUUGCAGCGGAGCCCCCGGAAGCGGUCAAGGAGGAGAUUGAGGAGGCUGCAGAGGUUAUGCAGCACGGGAGGCGGAAGAAGAUUGUGAAGCCUCCUGAACCGGAGAAGGAAAAGGAGGAGGUGGUCGUGGUGCCUACACGCCGCGUGAGGACUGUGAAGUUCGCUGAGCCGGAGAAGGAAGUGGAGGGGAAGGAGGAGGCCGCGGUGACGUUCCACGCCAGGAGGAAGAACAAAGCCGUGACGGUUGCUCCUCCGGAACUGCUGCCAAAGACGAGGUCCAAAAGGGGCCGUGGAAGAGUUACAACGGCUAGUGCAAGGAACACCAUUCUCGAGGAGGAGGAUCAGGUGGAACAGGAGGAGAGCGAGGUGGCUGCAGCAAGAGAACAGGCAGGGAACCAGACGGCAACAAAUGGCGAUGACGCGGAUAAGGGAGGCAAGGUGGCAGCUGGAUAUGAAGCAGUGGAAGGGACUUCAAUGACGUUGGAGGAGGAAGUGCGAGUUGCUCGGAGAGGGCGGGCACGAAGAGCACUAAAGGGGAUGACCAAUGCUCAGUGUGCUGCUUCUGAUGACAGGGGUGAGGAGAUAAAGUGUGCUGGAGACGUGGAAGAGGAUGGCAAGAGGGAAGUGGUUGGCAGCGGAGGAGAGGUAGGGGAUAUGGAGAAGGAAGAAGAGCAUGCUGGGAGAAGCAGUUUGGAGACCAUGACAUUGGGGCACUGGUUUGAUCGGAUGGAAAAGUACCUUCCAAGGAUUAUCAAUGAGGCUGCUGAUGAGAUGAUAGCAACUAUGGAGGAGAGGCAUCAGCGUCUCAAUGAAUACAUUUUGACACUCAGGCACAGUUCUGAUCCUUCUUGA